AAUCAAAAAAUUUCAAAAGUUAUUCUCAACAAAAAUUCCAUUACAGAACCGCGCCCCUUUCUCACUCACCCUUUCCCCCUAAAAAUGUUUUCCCCAUUUUGACCCGAAAACACUCGCUCCCUCUUUUUCCUCGAAAGAAGAAAAGAGAGCCAUCGUCCUCACCGGACAGAGACCCGCGAUCUUCGUUCUUCAUUCUUAAGAUAUUUUCUUCUUACUCUGAUGGCGCUUGUUAGCCAGCUUCCUUGCGAUGGAGACGGCAUUUGCAUGAUCUGCAAGAACAAGCCGUCGCCGGAAGACACCCUCACGUGCAAGACAUGUGCCACUCCAUGGCAUGUGACUUGCCUCCCCUCCUCCGCUCGUCCUCAAACUAUUGCCGAGGCCCUCCGAUGGGACUGCCCCGAUUGCUCCCUCACGGAUCAUCCUCAUCCCCCGAUCGCCGAAAAGACUGGAAGCUCCGACGAACUCGUUGCGGCUGUAAGGGCUAUUCAGUCGGAUGAUUCGCUAACCGAGUUGGAGAAAGCCAGGAGGAGGCAGGAGCUGGUCAGCGGUGGCGGAGCUCGAUCAUCGAGCGACGACGGUGAAAAAGCGAAAAACAAGGAGGGGAUCAACGAUGAUAACGAUGUCCUCGCUAUACUCGAUGAAAACAUUAACUGUUCAAUUUGCAUGCAGUUACCGGAGAGACCUGUAACGACACCAUGUGGCCACAACUUCUGCCUGAAGUGUUUUCAGAAAUGGGUUGCGCAAGGAAAGCGCACAUGUGCAAAUUGUCGCAGUCAGAUUCCAUCAGCAAUGGCUAGCCAACCUCGAAUUAACUCUGCAUUGGUCAUUGCCAUCCGAAUGGCAAAGCUGGAAAAAGCGAACAUUGCAGGGGGAGCACCAAAAGUAUAUCAUUUUGUCCACAAUCAAAACCGGCCAGAUAAGGCAUACACCACUGAGCGAGCUAAGAAACCUGGAAAGGCCAAUGCUUGUAGUGGAAAGAUCUUUGUCACAGCCCCUCCUGAUCACUUUGGUCCAAUUCUAGCAGAAAAUGAUCCUCUUAGAAAGCAGGGUGUGUUGGUGGGUGAGACCUGGGAGGAUAGGAUGGAAUGCAGACAAUGGGGCGCUCAUCUUCCUCAUGUUGCAGGGAUUGCUGGUCAGUCAAAGUAUGGUGCACAGUCAGUUGCCCUUUCUGGGGGAUAUAUUGAUGAUGAGGACCAUGGUGAAUGGUUCCUUUACACAGGGAGUGGAGGAAGGGACCUUAGCGGCAAUAAACGCACAAAUAAGACUCAGUCCUUUGAUCAGAAGUUUGAGAAGUUGAAUGAAGCAUUGCGACUAAGUUGUCAAAAAGGCUACCCUGUCCGAGUAGUAAGAUCCCACAAGGAAAAACGUUCUUCUUAUGCCCCAGAAGCAGGAGUACGUUAUGAUGGAGUUUAUAGAAUUGAGAAAUGCUGGCGUAAAAAUGGAAUACAGGGUUAUAAGGUAUGUAGAUAUCUUUUUGUUAGGUGUGACAAUGAUCCUGCCCCGUGGACAAGUGAUAUUCAUGGAGACUGCCCAAGGCCUCUUCCUGCUAUCAAGGAGUUGAAGAAUGCAAUUGAUAUAACUGAAAGGAAGGGAUCUGCAUCCUGGGACUACGAUGAGGUAAAAAGUUGCUGGAUGUGGAAGAAUCCUCCACCUUGUAGUAGAAAACAGGUGGAUGAUGGAAAUAUUGUGGAGGGGAAGAAAAGGAGGAGAGCUGUGAAAAAUUUGUCUGCUAGAGAAAAACUUCUCAAAGAGUUUAGCUGUCAAAUCUGUAGGGAUGUGAUGACUUCACCACUUACAACCCCUUGUGCUCACAAUUUUUGCAAAGCAUGCCUAGAGGGUGCUUUUGCUGGUCAAAGUUUCACCAGAGAGAGGACUUGUGAAGGCAGGAGAACACUUCGAGACCAGAAGAAUGUAAUGAAAUGCCCUUCCUGUUUGAAUGAUAUAGCUGAAUUUCUUCAGAAUCCUCAGGUUAACAGGGAACUAAUGAGCGUGAUAGAGUCGCUACAUCAAAGAAGUGUAGGGGAGGAACAGUCUGGUGAGGCCAGUAAAGAAGUUGAUAGUAGGCAUGAAGGAGAUGCAGCUGCUGAUGAUACUGAAAUGUUUUGUGGAAAUAGUGAAAUUUUGGAAAAUAACAAUUUGAAAUCUCGUAUGGAAGGUAAAGCCCAGCAAACAGACAAGUUCAAAAGAGCUCGUAAGGGCAAGUCAACUUUUCAAGAAAGGUCAAUGCUUGAGCAACUUGAUGUUGAAAAAGGUCGGAAUGAAGGUGGUUCCGUUAAACCUCGAGUGGCUGAGAGUAGAGCAUUGCAAACCAAUGCAGCGGAGCGCAAAAUAAAGCAGACUAACAAGCGGAAGAAAUCAAGCACUGCAGGCAGUCCACCAAUUGCAACUGUUGGUGUGAUGACCAGAAGCAAAAGAGCUAAACUGAUAGCAAAAUGAAUUUCUGUGCCUCAAGUUUGCUUUUCCUUUUAGCCAUCAUAUUUCAAGUUAUGCAGCUAUGGUUGUCCUCAGGGUGGACACGGUUUGAAUACCAAUAUUUUUGUAUAUUAAAUAUAUAUUAUUAAUAAUAUAAUAUUAGUCAUAUGAAGUAAAUCCAAUUCCAUUUAUUUUUUG